UCGUGUAAAUGAUCAAUCAACUGCAAUUUGGUAUGGUGAAGACUGUGGUCCAUGGUUUUAUUCUUUUGGAUUUGCUGAUUCCAAUGGCCUUAAACAAUGUUGUUACCGUAGAGAUAGCAGCAACA